UAUUCAAACGUUUAAUGAUAUGGGCUGUGAGGACAAACCUAGUGAAAUGUGCUGCACUCUUCUGGAAGAAAGGAACCCACCUGCUAACAUCGUCCCUACUGGCUGCAUCAGUCCUCAGCUCACGGAUGGAAGAUGAAGAAAACAUUGGCCGUAAAAAAACACUGGAAUCACAGGCAAUAUUGUUUCAGAACAGAGCUAUCGGCCUCAUAAACACAUGUUAUGACGAGGAAAAAGAAACGACUAUAGAUCUGAUACAGUCCCAGCUAGCAGGCAACAUAUGGGAGGAAGAUCUGCUAAGAUGCUGUUUGGCUGAAGACAACCGGAGAAUAUUCGCCGAAGAAGCUUACAGGGAGUACACUGAACGUGUGUGGUUGGGGAAAGUUAACCCACCCAUGCAGGAUACUUACAAAACACCUACAAAGCUGAAUAUCAAAGAGGGUGAAGCUGUCUCUGCUCCCUUAAGACGACUUGCGAUAGCUCCAGUAACAACAUACAGUUUGAACUUGGUACGAAUGAUUAUAAGUGAAUGAAUGUGUGAACCCGGACGUUUACCCGGAGGCAACACGUAAACCACUGGGCUACCCUAAAAAAGUCUUA